GUCGCGUACGACAAACGGCGUCGUCAACCAAUCAUUAAAAUUAGUAUUAGACAUUAAUUAUAUAUUAGUAUUUUAAUUUAAUUUAUAUUUCUAUGGUAUUUUUGUAGUCAUCAUGUUGGGAAUUUUGAAGUUAGGUUUUGUUCUAACAAUCGCGACAUUUUGUGAGACAGCUAAUAUUUUAUACGCUAUUCCUUAUUCAGUGAAGUCGCAUUAUAUUAUGCAAAGGCCAGUGGGGCUCGAGUUAGCUCGUAGGGGUCAUAACGUUACUGUUCUUACAGCUCACAGAGAAAUUGAUCAUCCCCCAAAUUAUCAUCAAGUCAUGGUCAGCAAUAAAACUAUUUGGGACGUUCUUGGACGAGAACGGCCAAAUAUCUUCACAUUGGUAGAGUACUCCGCAGAACAGUUACACAGAGAGAUUCUUUGGAAAGGUGGAUUAGCUUUGACGGAGGGAUCAUUGAAAUCCCCCGAAGUACAAUCGCUACUAGCAGAAAACCGAACCUUCGAUUUAGUGAUCAGCGAGUUAUUUUUCCAAGAAGCCACGUACGCUCUAGCUCACAAGUACAAUGCUCCAUUGAUUUUAAUAUCAACCAUGGUGAAUUGUAUGAAGCAUAGCUUGAUAACCGGCAAUCCCUUAGAAUUAGCAACUACGAGUUUUGAGUUUUUGGACGCGAAGAAUCCUACCAGUUUCUGGGGAAGGCUGAGGAAUUUGUACUUAAAUGUGUAUGAUUAUUUCUGGUGGCGGUAUUGGUUUUUGGAAAAACAAGAAGAAUUGGUGAGGAAGUACAUCCCCAACCUACCGCAACCUGUUCCCAGUUUAUAUGAUAUGGAGAAAAACGCGUCGCUGUUGUUUUUGAACAGUCACUUCUCUUUCCAAUCUCCAGUGGCAUUUCUACCCAAUAUUAUUGAAAUUGGCGGAAUACAUCUCAAGGAAAGUGAUUCCCAGUUACCAGAUGAUCUCCAAAAACUUCUAGAUGACGCAACUGAGGGAGUGGUAUAUGUUAAUUUCGGAUCAAAUGUACAAAGCUCAGAAUUGCCGAUAGAAAAAAAGAACGCUUUAAUCAACGUUUUCAAGCGAUUGAACCAAACGGUGCUUUGGAAAUGGGAAGCUGACAGUCUAGAUGAGAAGCCGGAUAAUGUUGUAGUUAGGAAAUGGAUGCCCCAAAAGGAGAUAUUGUCACAUCCCAAUAUAAAAGUGUUCAUCUCCCACGGAGGUCUAAUUGGCACAUUGGAGGCAGUGUUCCACGGAGUACCAAUAAUAGGAAUACCAGUCUACGGAGAUCAGUACAAGAACUUAAUAAAAGCAGAAGAAGCUGGUACAGGCACUACACUCCUAUACCACGAUAUUAAUGAAGAAAAUCUUGAACGAAUACUACACGAAUUCUUAAAAGAUGAUUCGUAUUUGACGAGAGCUAGAGAACUUUCCAGAAGAUUCAAAGACAGACCGAUGUCGCCUUUAGACACAGCUAUGUACUGGAUCGAGUAUGUCAUCAGGAAUAAGGGAGCUGACCAUAUUAAGAGUCCAUCUUUAAAUAUGAAUUGGAUAACAUAUAAUAUGUUGGAUGUUUACGCUUUUCUUCUAAUCGUGUUUGGUUUAUUAUGUUACGUAAUUAACAAAUUGUGGAAAUUUGUUAGCCAAUGUCAAUUCUUCGUGAGAAUUGCUCUCGGUUAUCGUAAACCAAAGUAUCUAUAAUUGGGAUGCAAUUAUUAAUGGCAGUUGUACAAUUAACUAAUUAUGAUCGCAGUGCUAAUUAUUAUUUAUAUAAAUUAAUAAAAAUGUAUAUUAUAAAUGUUUAAAUGUCAAAAUUCUUGUGUAUUGUUGUUUUUAAUUCCAAUGUAACCCGAAGGUUUUGUAGAAAACUCAUAGGACUUAAUUUAAACCACAUACUUAUUUGUUAUCAUCUUAGGUGACAAUAUACGAAAAGUUAACGAAAUAAGCCCUGUAGUUAAGCCCAAAAAGUGCGUCUUUUCAUAAUUUCAAUUAGCUUAUUAAUGGGACUGGGUUAUUAGUAUUAUAAACGUGUAUUUAUUUUAUUAGAUUAUUAGUUAAUGGAUUUUGGAAUUAAAACACUUAAAUUAAAGUUUUAAAAUAUC